AUGGCCGCCGUCAACCCUGGCGAGCACCUGUGGGAGGCCCGCGACCAGGUCAGCUCUGCCAAAGAUUGGUACUACGAUCCGGCCCGAAUCGAGUGCCGCAAGCUUCGAGGCGAAGUGGCCAAGUACAAGAGCCUCCUUUUGAAGAACGGUAUUGACCCGGCCUCGGGUCAGAAGAUGGGCAACGACAAAAUGGGGAUUGACGGCGACAAUACCAACGACUGUGACAUCCGCCGUCUCCCGAGUCUUCCCUCGGAGAUCCUGUCCCGCAUCAUGGAGUUUGACCUGAUCAGCGACAAGCCGAUCAUCAAUCCCCUGCACCACAAGGAACCCGAAAAAAACACCUUCAACCUGGCCCUGUUCGCGACUAGCCGAGGGUUUCACGCCCGCAGCAACGCCAUCUUCUGGGGCAAGAACACCUUCACUUUCACCAACCCGGCCGCGGUCACCCACUUCGCCACCUUACCACUUCGAUUCCGCGCCCUGAUCAAGCACGUCGAACUCCGCAUCGUAGCCCGUUUCUACGCCGACCCUCUCCCGACGACGUCGACGCCGAUCCCGCCCCUCUUCGGCCAGGCACCGCACCCGUCCUAUCUCAACUGCCGCGACGUGUACGUCCAUCUCCCCGUUAUCACCCGCAGGCUCGUCGACUCCCUUGUUACGCCACGACCACGCUUCCGCUGCUACGCCUGGACCCAAACCGAAGAUUUCCUCUCCGCUCUGCACGCUCCUUAUAACCCGCCCUCUGACACCCCCACAGGCCCCCAGGAGACCGAGACCAAGGGCGACAAGAGAAAGGUCCAUCCUCCAUGGCGGUCUCCCUUCCCCCUCGGCGGCAUCCUCAGCGGCAUCCCCGACCACUGCCCACGCCCAACCUUCCUCCUCCCCAGCCUGGCUUGGCCGCGCAUUGACUUUGUCAACUUCCUCCCUAAUUCCCUCCCCAUGUAUCCCAACACUGCCCUCUUCCACCUCGUCCACAACCACCUCGGCCAAUGGCUCCCCCAGCUGCGUCUGACCGGCCUGCCCCGCGGCCGGAUGUCGCGCGGCCUGGGCGGGGAGUUGGCGGCUAUGCUGAGGGAUGAUGGGGUGCUGCUGCAGUCGGAUGCAACGUUUUUUCGGAGUACUUGGUAUGGAGUGAGUGGAAUUUGGGAUUCUGGGUAUGGCAGUGGCAGUGGGGGGACGGCGGGGACGCUGUUUCGGAUGGCGGAGUGUGAGCGGUUGCGGUGGGAGCCGCAGUGGACGGCGCAGUUGCGGAAUCCACAUCGGGUGUUGGAUGAUGAAUAUAAGAGAUGGAUGGGGUUGACCAUGAAGCGGUGGAAGUAUUUGAAUGGUUAUCGCGGUAACCCCGACGAUGAUGAUAGUAGUCGGUUUGGCAUCCCGCAUAACCGCGACCCUAACAACUACCUCGACACCGACGGCAUCGUGCGCAAGAUGGCUGCUACGGUGUUCAAGAAGUUGCCGUUGCGGCAGGACUCGGAAAAGGAAGUGUGGGUGGAGUUUGACAGGAUCAAAAACAGGAAGCUGGAUCCGGAGGAGUUUAAUCCCGAGGAUGAUCACUACGAUGAGAGGGACUGGGUUUGUCGCCGAUGUGAUGUUAUUCACGCUUUUAGGGAGGAGAAAUAG